GGUUGGGGGAAGAAAGGGGAAAGGCGAGCGACUAGUUCGCGAGACGCGACGCGAGAGCGCAACCCAACCCAACCCAACCCGCGGCGAAGAAAGCGAGGAGCGCCGCCGCAGCGGGAGUUCGCCGCCGGCGACGCGCUCCUUGCCUCCUAUACCGAAGGGUUUCAUGGAGCGUGCCGCUGCUGAUCGGAGUGGCGCGGAGGAGGGGGAGAGCGAAUGGAGGGAGGAGCUGCGGCAGCAGCAGUCGCAGGUCGACGCACUGCGGGAGAGGCUCGUGGAGGUCAAGGUCGGGAUGAAGUGCUCCGAGGAGGACUCGAGGAAGGAGCUGGAUCACCUCUGCCGCAGGGUGAAGACCAUCGCCACGCUGCUGGCCUACCUCAAAUCCAAGGCCAGGAUCAUGGCGAUACCGCACCUCGCGCACACGUCCUGCGGGAUUAGGCACCAGGAUGGCGUGGGGUACGUCGACAGGAACGGGGUGCCACUGGCUGAUUGGUCCAAGGGCGGCGAGUCCGCUUCCUGCGAGGGUUUAGAUGAUGAAACGUCGGCGGAUAGUAGUCGUGUUGCCGAACAUGGCGAUGCCAAUGAGGGGGAUGUAGAUGUCGAAGACAUUCUGAAGUCGAUACAUGUGGUGACCGAUGUCAUGGAGACCCUUGUGAAGAGAGUGAUUGUUGCUGAAUCGGAAGCCGCUAACGAGAAAGAGAAGGUGAGGAUGGGUCUGGAAGAGAUUAGGAGGAAGACCAUACAGGUUGAGUCCAUGUCGGCCAAAGUUGAGGAAAUGGAGAAAUUUGCAGUGGGUACGAAUGGUAUGCUGAAUGAGAUGAGGCAGAGGGUUGAAGACAUGGUGUUGGAGACCACUCGACAAAGGCAACGUGCGGCUGAAAAUGAGCAGGAGCUUAGUCGUGUGAAGCAUGACUUCGAGUCUCUCAGAACCUAUGUCGGCACUCUCGUUAAUGUCAGAGAAACUCUUCUUUCAUCAGAGAAGCAGUUUGAAACAAUGGAGAAACUCUUCGACAGGCUAGUUGCAAGAACCAACCAACUUGAGAGUGAGAAAGCACAAAAAGAAGCCGAAGUCCAGAAGGUGGUGGAGGAGAAUGUGAGGCUGCGUGCGAUGAUUGAUAAGAAGGAAGCGCAGCUUCAGGCGAUGAGUGAGCAGUGCAAGUUCAUGGCGCUGAGCCGUCCCAACUAGCUGGAUACUUCCUCCGUCCCAAAAAAAAAGGCAAACCCUGGGUUUUCGUGUCCAACUUUAACGGUCCGUCUUAUAUGAAAUUUUUUUAUAAUUCAUAUUUUCAUUAUUGUUAGAUGAUAAAACAUGAUUAAUAUUUUAUGCGUGACUUGUCUUUUUUAUUUUUUUCAUAAUUUUUUCAAAUAAGAUGGACGGUCAAACGUUGGACACGGAAACCAGGGUUUGUUUUUUUUUGGAACGGAGGGAGUACAUAUGACAAGCUGUUACGCUUGUUCAAUGAUGCCACUUACGAAUUACCGUCACUGCAUUGUUGCAACAAGAAGAAGAGCUCCAGAUAGAUGUGGCGAAACAACGGAUGGUGCCAACUGCUGGCGAGUCCGUUCCAGGCACUCUGAUUGCUGCUGCUGCAAACAAAUUGUUUACCUUAAUGUAGGUGUGAUGUGUUGGGACUGUAAACCUGACAUCUUUGUAUUCUUGUAACUUGGAAUUUGUGUAAAAAAAAAAACCAGGGCACAUUUGUCCGAAUCCAUAAAUCCUCUGAAAAAUGAGCUGCAAUUCAUCGAA